CUUUCAAAUCCACAGCGAACACGUAUCCGGCCUAUCAAGUCUCAAUUGACAAAAUGGCUACAAAAACCCUACUCAUUCUCUCCAUCCUCGUCGCCUUCUCCCUGUUCAGGCCCUCAGAAGCCUGUGGAAUUUCCACCUACUGGGGCCAAAAUGGCAACGAAGGAACCCUCCUCCAGGCCUGUCAGUCCGGCUACUACCAGUUCAUCAACGUCGCCUUCUUAAUCGACUUUGGCUGCGGCAUAACCCCUAGAAUGAACUUGGCUGGCCAUUGCGAUCCCCCGUCAGGCACCUGUAGGGGACUAAUCACAGAAAUCCAGGCCUGUCAGAAUCUAGGCAUCAAAAUGCUGCUAUCACUCGGUGGCUCUGCCGGCACGUACGGCCUCUGUUCUACUGAAGAUGCAAAUCAAGUUGCUGCUUAUCUAUACGAUACUUUCUUAAGCGGCAAGAGCUCCACCGGGCCCCUGGGGGCCGUCGCUUUGGACGGCAUAGACUUUGAUAUUGAAUAUCCACGUUCCACCCUCUAUUGGGACGACCUCGCUAGGGCCCUGGCAAGCUACAGCACACCGGAGAAAAAGGUGUAUUUAUCUGCAGCUCCACAGUGUCCUAUCCCCGAUCGCAACCUGGACACCGCUAUCAAAACUGGGCUUUUCGACUACGUCUGGGUACAGUUUUACAACAAUCCCCCGUGUGAUUACAGAAGCGGCAUCGCCGGUCUUAUAGAUGCAUGGAACGAUUGGAGUGUAUACCUCCCGGAGGGUAAUCAACUUUUCUUGGGCUUGCCAGCGGCAACAGGUGCUGGGGCCGGAUACGCUCCGCCUGAUGUGAUUGUGAGUCAAGUCCUGCCGGUGAUUAGGAAUUCCCCAAAUUAUGGAGGGGUCAUGCUGUGGAGCAGGUUCUAUGAUACUACCUUCAGUGCAACUAUACAGCCAGCAGUGUGUGGCAACAAACUGCACCAUGAAGACUUGUUGAUCUCCAUGGUCUGAGUGACACGGUUGGCGUUCUGGCAUUGCCCAAUUACUCCUGGCUUUCCCUAUGAGGGACUACUGUGGAAUAAUCCGAUGCGCGCAUGUAUGCUGUCAUGGCAUGAAUAAAUAAAUAAAUUGACCAAUAAAAUAAAGAAAAGGUUAAGCUCGUUGCGGAGCGAGCAGAUCUUUAUUAUAUUUUCCUGUCAUUUCAC